AUGGCCUUCUCUAAAACUAUGGCUUUCUUGGUCGCCUUGGCCUGCCUCCUUUCCUACUCGGAGGCCGGCCGACAUAUAUUAUCACAAUCGGAUACAUCGCUAGUCGUCCAAGUCUGCUCAAACACGACCGACGCGAAAUACUGCAAACAUGUCCUCUUUUCCGACUCACGGGCCGCGUCGGCGGAUCCGGUGGUCCUUGCCUACAUAGCCAACAGCCUCGCCUACAACAAAGCCCAGGAGAUCUUGGAUCUGGUCCAGACGAAAAUCAACAGUGGAGGGAACGAGAACAUCUUGGCGGGCUUCAAGGGCUGCCAGGGAAGCUACACGAAGGCGGGCCGGGCCAUGAUGGAAGUGCUCGGAAACCUCGACUCCGAGACGUACUACGGUUUCGACAUGCUGGCCGACACAGCCGAGGACGAGAUUAAGGCAUGCGAGAAUGGGUUCGGCCAACCUCAGUCCCCCAUAGCCAAGGAGAAUGGGGACAUGCUCAAGCUCGUUAACAUUUGUUCAGUUGUGGCUACCCUUUUUUCCUAUUCUAAUUAG